AUGGCGGACGUGAUGUUGAUGAAGGAGAUUGAGGGAACGACUGGUCGACUUGUGAUAGAUCUCUCCCAAGUUGAUUUUGACGCUAUUCGUCUCCCUCCUAGCGAGGAUUUCGGAAUCAUUAGGUCAAAGCUUUAUACUUUUAAAAGAAUUGUUCCUCCAGAGAAGUUUGAGAAACUCGAAGGUGUUGUUCAUAAAAUUUUUGGACAGAUUAGAGUAAUUAAGGAUGAUGGUUUGUGGAUGCCUGUUGACCCUACUACACAGAAAACUUUAGGUUACUGCUUUAUUGAGUACGACACCCCACAGUUCAAUAGAGUGACAGAAACUUGCAACCUCAUCUUACUUUCUAGCUUAGGUGGUACUUAA